GACCAGGACGCACCUUCAGAAGGAAGUUUGAGUGGAGCUCCUCAAGCUGAUUGAGAAAUCUGGGAUUUUUCUUCCCCAGAAGAGGGACGGAUGUAAAGACUGUCAGGAUGGAUGAUUCUUUCUCUUCUUGAUCUGAGGAGCAGAACAGCAGGUCUCCUCUUCGAGUUCUGACAGGAAGGAAGGAAGUCCAGUUCACUAAACACGGGAGUAUUUUUGGACUUUCACACACCUUCACUUCUCCUCUUGGACUCAACAUGGACUACCUUUAUUCCCAUCUGAGUCGGUUGGAAGCUGGCAGGUCUGGACUUCAUCAUGAAUUAGCGCUCACUGAUUAGCUGACCUUGAGUGGACUGACAAUGAAACGGCGACGCAAGUACAGGUUUUGGAGCCGGAAAGGUAAAAACUCAAAGAUGUGUCUGCUCUGCUGUUAUGAAAGGAAAGGCAAAACUCCAGGCUACCAGACCAGAAGCGCUGAUGAUGAGGCCUGCAUAGCGGUGAAAAUCGACCAGUCCAGAGGCUGCAGCUCGCCGAGGAAAGCCAGCGGCGGCUCGCCCAUCCUGCAGGAGUGUCUGAAUCGGGCGAUUGGGGGGGCAGCUGACAGGAGGAGGGGAGGGGUCAAUGGAAGAGUACCUGGAAGCAGGACUCUGCUACGGUCUAAACCACAAGUGCCGCCAAAGCCGGAGCACCUGCUGAGUCCAGUGUCUCCUCUGCAGACGCCGCCGGGCAGCGUCCAGAAAUCCCCGCUGAGAUUCAUCAUGGAGGACGGAGGAGGAAAGCCGACCCCCACGCCGCGCGAAAGGGUCAAAGCGUCCAAGGUGUCGGACCUGAUCAGCCGCUUUGAGGAGAACCGCAGCGCAGACAACAAGAGAGACGGCUCGGCGCUCAAACAGACCAGCAAGGUGUCCAGCUGCAGCUCGGCUCUCCGCGUCUGCCAGCGGGCCGACAUCAGCAAGAUUCAGGAGAAGUUCUCGUGCGCGGCGGCCGCGACGCAGGAUGCCAAGAGGCCAGCGGCUAACGGGGUGCUAGCACAGAUGGAGCAGGACAAGGAGACGGAGGAGGAGACGCACCACAGCGUGAGGACAGAGACUGCUGAGCUCGUAAACGGAGAUUUGGAAAAAGCAGAUGAGGUGGACGAUCAUUCAGCUUCACAGCACUCGGACAGGACCGGUGCUGAGGAUGAGGACACGGAGAAAACAGCAGAAACUCUGCAGAAGAGUGAAGAGGGACACUCUGAGCAAAAGGAGACGAACGAGCAGAAGCUGUUUAAGAUCGCCAGCGAGCUGCUGCACACGGAGAAGGCGUACGUGGCCCGACUCAACCUGCUGGACCAGGUGUUCUGCACCAGGAUGAUGGAGGAGGCGAAUAAAGGCACGUUCCCUCUGGAUGUGGUGAAGAACAUCUUCUCCAACAUCAGCUCCAUCCACGCCUUCCACAGCCAGUUUCUGCUUCCUGACCUGGAGAAACGCAUGGGGGAAUGGGCGUCCACACCGCGGAUCGGCGACAUCCUGCAGAAACUCACCCCCUUCCUCAAAAUGUACGCCGAGUACGUGAAGAACUUCGACAAAGCCAUGGAGCUGCUGAAGCAGUGGACCGACCGCUCGCCGCCGUUCAAGGCCAUCAUUCAGGAGAUUCAGAGUCAGGAGAUCUGCGGCAGCCUGACGCUGCAGCAUCACAUGUUGGAGCCGGUGCAGAGAGUUCCCCGAUACGAGAUGCUGCUGAAGGACUACCUGAAGAAGCUUCCUCAGAACGACCCGGACCGCAGCGACGCAGAGAAAUCAUUAGAAAUCAUCGCCACAGCAGCCACCCACUCCAACAGCGCCAUCAGAAAAUCUGAAAACCUGAAGAAGCUGAUGGAGAUUUACGAGAUGCUGGGAGAAGAGGAGGACAUCGUUCAUCCGUCCAACGAAUUCAUCAAGGAGGGCCACAUCAUGAAGCUGGCAGCCAGGAACACCUCCACCAUGGACAGAUACCUGUACCUGUUCAACAACAUGCUGUUGUACUGCGUGCCCAAGUUCAGCCUGGGCGGACCCAAAUACACGGUGCGGACCCGGAUCGGGAUCGACGGCAUGAAGGUUCGGGAAACGAGCAACGAGGAUCAUCCUCACACCUUCCAGGUGUCGGGCAAAGAGCGGACGCUGGAGCUCCAGGCCAGCUCAGAGCAAGACAAGGCAGGAUGGAUCAAGGCUUUCCAGGAGACCAUAGACAUCUUCCAGCAGAAGAACGAGUCAUUCAAGAACGCUCUGAAGGACGUGGAGGAGGUUUCGAAAGCUGAGCUGGGGAAGCGGGCCCCGCGCUGGAUUCGUGACAAUGAAGUGACGAUGUGCAUGAAGUGCAGGGAGCCUUUCAACGCCAUCACACGGCGGCGGCAUCACUGCAGAGCCUGCGGAUAUGUGGUUUGCUGGAAAUGCUCAGACAACAAGGUACACCUCGAAUACGACAACCACAAGAUGAACAAAGUCUGCAAAGACUGCUACUCCAUGCUGACCGGGGAAGGGGUCACCGAGGGCCGAAGGAAGGGCAUCCUGGAGAUCGAGGCGGCUCAGUUCACAGACAGCAGCAUCAUGUGUGGCUUCCUGCAGCACUCUGAGAAAGGAGGCAAGCUGUGGCAGCGGGUCUGGUGUGUGAUCCCAGAGAAAGAGUGUCUGGUGCUCUACCUCUACGGAGCUCAACAGGACGUGAAGGCCCUGUGCACCAUCCCGCUGCUGGGCUACACGGUGGAGGACGCGGACACGCCGGCCAGCUUCCGCCUGUCCCAGUCCAAGUUUGUCCACACCUUUGCUGCUGAGAGCGAGGAGCUGAAGCAGCGCUGGCUGAAGGUCAUCCGAGCGGCGGUGACCGGAGAGGUGCCGGCGCGGCCCGAAACCAACGGCGGCGAGAACGGCGGCGCGCAGGAAGCUAAUCCUGACGACCCCUAGGAGGGUCGUCCGCUCACUCAGCCUGCUGCGGGACUUUCCUCCGCGUCCAACCCGCUGCCGGACUGUCCAGGACCCAAAGACGUUCUCUGUCCUCCAGGACGCAGCGGGACGACGGGAUAAGCUGCCGUCUCCAGGGUUUUCUCCUGCUACCUGUGCUGGAUUACUAACGUUUCUGGUACAAUCAACACUAGAGCAGGGGGCUUCGGGACGCAACGAGCACUAUAGAGGAAAAUUCAAACUCAGUCUUUCAGGAGGCGUCCGGGACUCAAACUACGUCUGCUGGUGCUGUAAAUCUCCUUCUGUACAGAACGCUUUUUUAUAUAAAAACAAAACUUUUUUCAUUCAUGUACAGAAAUUCAGUCUCAAGCUUUUCUGCUAUGAAAAGGAGGAAGAUCUAAACGUCAUCAACAAUAUUCAGUGUUCGCUCUGAUUGGAGGAGACGGUUUGAAAACGAAGAACAUGAUUCUCUCAUCUCUACUCAAUCUGCUAAAAUGAGACAAACAUAAAAAUUAUGUGAUGCAGAUGAAAAACUAUAUUUAUUACAUAUUAUUUGAAGCAUUUAAAGCACCUGUGCUUUAAAUAAUUAAACCUUCAUUAGUAAAACAAAUGGGAUUCUUUUUUGUUGUUAAAAUCUCAUCUUCACGUUAAACAUGUAAUCACAUUGUAUUUAUUUAAAAAUCCAAGUGAAAAAAUGUUUAAACAUUUCUGCUGCAACCAAAAGUUUUUUUUACUGCAAAAUCUCCCAUUUUUAUAUUACUACUUAAGUUUAAUGAGGUGUAUCUUAAAAUAAGAAAGUAAAACAUCAUCAGGUUGACACUAGACAGCGUCUUUUCAGCCAAGAUUCUCAAUUCAAAAAUAUUUCUUGGUGUAAAAUUACGGAAUAAAAAUACAUGAGCUAUA